AUGAAAUUCACUGUUAACCUUAUUGCUCUGCUCUUUGGAGCACUGUCCUCGACUAUGGUUGCACAAGCCGUUCCCACUGUUGUGCGGCCUACUCCACUAAAGCAGGACCCCGAUGAAAUGUCCAUUACAUUUUAUGAGUACACCUCUUUCCGCGGUACUUCAUACUCUCCUAUAUAUUCCGGCCCCGAUUUUUGUAUCGACCUCCCGCUCGGUAGGCAAAACAGACCGGAGAGUUUGGAAAUUUCCUCUGGCUAUUCUUGUGCAUUCUAUGCCUUUAUCGAGUGCAUAGGCCCCGAACAAUCUUUCAGCGGGGAUGUUGCCAACCUACCCAGAAUUGGUGUCCCACCCCGUUACCGAAGGAUUGCGUCUUUUGAGUGUACAAAACUGGGAUAA